ACGCCUAUUCUUGAAGCAAAGAGAAGGGAGUGCUCCCGGGGAGCUUUCAGGGAAUGUUCCCUCAUUUCUAUUCCCCGACAGGAAAAUGUCACAUUCUUGAAAUAUUGAAAGCGCUAGGGAACAUAAAGGAGGGAGCAGUACCUGGGGAGCAACGUUGCCAGUUUAGUCAACCAAUAGAGUCGCAGGAAAUUUUUGACAUUCCAUAUUUUUUCAUUAACCUCAUUUUCAGUAACGUUUUGUUUACAUUUUAAGUCAUUUUACAUUUCAUUGUUUAUCUUUUAAAAUGGAUGUGAAAUCUAGGCAAUUGAGUUCUAAACAGAAAGAGACCCUGGUAAAUUUUGUAUACGCCCGGCCUGACAUGUAUAAGGGCAAAUUAACCGGCACUUAUACAAAUGCAGUAGCAAUGGCAUUGUGGAAAGAGGUAACCUGCAUGCUAAACGCAAUUCCUGGAGGGGCUACAAAGGAUUGGAAGCAGUGGAGAAAGACAUGGACGGAUAUUAAAAAGAAUGUCAAAAGUAGAAAGACUAAGGAGCAACGAUAUAGUCAAGGGACAGGAGGUGGUCCACCAUUAUCUCCUCCCGACCCAGAGACCUGUGACGAUAAAUCAAUUGACGACAAAAUCUUAGAAAUAAUUACACCUGUUGCAAUCGAAGGAAAUGAGGAUGUACCCGAACCGGACAUUAUAUUUGACACUAUUAUAAGUGGAAGAUCAAGUGAAACCACAGAAUUGCCAGCACACUCAAGUACUGUAAUAGAGGAAUCUAUGGAAAUCUUGCAGAAAAAUGCCAUGCCUGAUGAAGUAGGGGAGGAUAUCAUGCUACACCAUGAUUACAGUUUAUCUUUACCUUCAACAAGUAAAGCAGAUCCAGUACCUGUAUCGGCUAAAAAACAGCCGAUGAAGGGUAUGAAAAAUCGAUACACAAAGUCGGCAAGGUUGGCCGACUCAAUAUCGAAUAAUAAAAAAUUUCUUGCAAUAAGCCAGAAAGGCAUUCUUUCUACCGGACUGUACAGGGAGAAAAAGUUAGAAGUAAUGAAGAAGCACUGUGAAAAUAAAGCAAAUUAUUAUAAACAAAAAAUAGAUGCUAGUGAAAAGCAUCAUCAAGAAAAUUUUAAAGUUUUGUCAGAAAUUUCAAAUUCUUUAAUUAAAAUGUCUUCCAAAUAGAUUAUUAUUGAUUUAGCGAGUGAUGUAGAAACAGAUUGA